AUGAGGUCUGUUUCGCUAGUCCUUCUGGCUGUCGCGGGCCUUCAGUGCCACGGUGCUGCUGCCAUCUCCGCCACCAACACACAUACCGAAGCUUGCACCAAUCCUCUCAUCAGACGCGAAUGGCGACAGCUGUCUUUGGAACAGAGGCUGGACUACAUCGACUCUAUCAAAUGUCUGGUGGCCCUUCCGUCCGAGGGUAACGACUUGUGGCCUGGCGCAAAGUCUCGGUACGAUGAUUUCCAGGGCAUGCACAUUUACAUGACGAAGCAAGUCCAUUUCAACGGGCCGUUCCUUCCAUGGCACCGCUGGAUGCUGUAUCUCUUCGAAUCAGAGCUGCGCACAAAAUGUGAUUAUAAGGGCACCCUUCCAUACUGGGACAUGGGUUUAGACAACACCGCCGAGGGCUUUGCCAAAUCACCCGUCUUCGACAAUGUUUAUGGUGUCGGGGGAAAUGGGCCGUACAUUGAGGAUGUCACUGAUCCGGACGAGUUCCCCGUUCAGAAACUAAUCGAGAUCCCGGAAAGAUCUGGAGGCGGCAAGUUUACCUUGAGUUCUCGUGCAGACACCCCCUAA